UUAUCAUAUCAUCCAACUAAAAAGUUUCCUCCAUAAUUAUCCAAUCUUGAGCACAAACCCUGAAUAAUUUCUCGUUCAUGGAGCCUCAUAUUGCCAUUUUCCCAACUCCAGGAAUGGGGCACCUCAUCCCACUAGUCGGAUUUGCCAAGGUACUUAUUCAAAAACACAAUUUCAAUGUAACUUUUAUCAUCCCAACUGAUGGGCCUCUCUCAAACGCACAAAAAUCAUUUCUUGAAAAACUCCCACCUCGUAUAGACUAUGUCGUUCUUCCCCCGGUCAAUUUUGAUGACUUGUCUAAGGAUGCAAAGAUUGAAACCCGUAUUGCUCUCACUGUUACACGUUCCCUUUCAUCCCUUCGUAAUGCUGUUAAAUCCUUGAUUUCGACUAAAAGAUUUGCCGCUUUUGUGGUUGACUUGUUUGGGACUGAUGCAUUUGAUGUUGCCAAUGAAUUCAAGAUUUCUCCUUAUAUUUUCUAUCCCACUACGGCCAUGUGUUUGUCACUUUUCUUAAACUUGUCGAAGAUUGAUGAAUCUGUGUCGUGUGAGUAUAGAGACAUGUCUGAGAAGCUUCGCAUCCCGGGGUGCAUGCCGAUUCAUGGGUCGGAUCUUUUGGACCCGAUUCAGGACAGGAAAAAUGAUGCAUACAAAUGGAUUCUUCAUCAUUCAAAGAGAUAUGGAAUGGCUGCAGGGAUUAUUUUGAACAGUUUCAAGGAAUUGGAGCCUGGUGCCAUUGAGUAUUUGCAAGAAAAAGAAACUGGUAAGCCACCUGUUUAUUGCAUAGGACCAUUGAUUCAAAUGGGCUCAAAAUCUGAAAACAAUGAAGAAUAUGAGUGUUCAAAAUGGCUAGAUGAACAGCCAAGUAGCUCAGUUUUGUAUAUAUCUUUUGGGAGUGGCGGGACACUGUCUCAUGAACAGAUAAUUGAAAUUGCAUUGGGAUUAGAAAUGAGUGAGCAAAGGUUUUUGUGGGUUCUUAGAUGUCCAAGUGAUACAACUGCCAGUGCUGCAUAUUUCAGUAUCCAAAAUUCAGGUGACCCUUUGGCUUAUUUGCCACAAGGGUUCUUGGAUAGGACCAAGGGGCGUGGGCUAGUGGUGCCUCUAUGGGCACCACAGGCACAAAUUCUUAGCCACGAUUCAACUGGUGGAUUUUUGUCACACUGUGGUUGGAACUCGACCCUCGAGAGCAUUGUCAAUGGUGUACCGUUGAUUGCUUGGCCACUCUACGCAGAACAGAGAAUGAACGCGGUAAUGUUGACUGAGGAUGUAAAAGUAGCCUUAAGGCCAAAAUCCAAUGAAAAAGGACUAGUGACAAGACUUGAAAUCGCGAAAGUCGUGAAGGGUUUGAUGGAAGGAGAAGAAGGAAAAGGCAUUCGAAGUCGAAUGAGAGACCUCAAGGAUGCAGCUGCAAAGGUUCUUAGCGAUGAUGGAUCUUCCACAAAAACACUUGCGGAGUUGGCUAACAAGUGGAAAAGUAACAUUUUUACAUUGCCAAAUUAGUGUUCAAUAAUUGAAUUAUGCUUGUAUUUAAUUUCGUAGGAUUUGAAUUACUUGUUUGUAUCAUCUAUGGCUUGCUAAUAAUGGAUUAGAAUUCUGUUUAUUGUA